AUGGUUGUGUUUCUGGCAAAUUUGAUGGAGCUACCGUUUGACGAGUUUGACUUGAUUCUUGGUAUGGAUUGGUUAGUAGAGCACCAAGUUAGUUUGGACUACAUGACUAAGAGGGUCAUUCUGAAGACCGAGGAUGAUACGGAAGUGGUUGUGAUCGUUUCUAGGGGCUCUUCUAACGAGGAUAUCAGAAUAGUGAGAGAAUUUUUGGAUGUAUUUUCUGAUGAGUUAUCGGGUUUACCUCCAAAUUGGAAAGUUGAGUUUGACAUUGAGCUUCUACUGGGUUCAGCUCCUAUGUCUAUCGCUCCUUAUAGUAUGGCGCCGAAGGAGCUUACAAAGCUUAAGGCUCAACUUCAAGAGUUGAAUAAGUUGACUGUAAAGAAUAAGUACCCACUUCUGAAGAUCAAUGAUCUAUUUGAUCAGUUUUGUAGGGCUUCGAUAUUCUCAAAAAUAGAUUUCUGUUCUGGGAAUCAUCAGCUUAGAGUUAAGGAAGUUGAUGUUCAUAAGACAACUUAUAGGACUCGUUAUGGGCACUACGAGUUCUUAAUUAUGCCUUUUUGUUUGAUGAAUGCUCCGGCUGCAUUCAUGGAUCUGAUGAACCUAGUUUUUCAGCCGUAUUUGGAUCAGUUUGUCAUGGUCUUCAUCAAAGAUAUUCUAGUGUACUCUCAGAUUGAGGAUGAGUAUGAUGAGCAUCUUAGAGUAGUGCUUCAGAUACUUCGAGAGAAACAGCUCUACGCUAAGUUGAGUAAGUAUAAAUUCUGGUUGCGAGAGACCGAUACGCAACAAUUGAGAUUCAAGAAGCACAAGUCUGUUCUGGCUCAGGCUCCUGUUUUAAUACAACCUAAAUCUGGUAAAGAGUUAAUGGUUUACAGUGAUGCGUCGCACGUCAGUUUGGGAUGUAUACUGAUGCAAGAUAGUAAGGUUGUGGCUUAUUGUUCUAAAGAGUUGAGUCUUAGGCAGCGUAGAUGGAAUGAGCUGCUUAAAGAUUAUGAUUGUACGAUAGAGUAUCAUCUUGGUAAGGCAAAAGUGGUGGUCGAUGCUCUCAGUCAUAGAGCGAUAUUUGAUUUGAGGGCGAUGUUUGCUCGUCUCAGUUUGUUUGAUGAUGGAGAUCUAUUAGCCGAGUUGCAAGUUGAGAGUGACAGUACUUCUGAUUUAGGACUGAAUAAGGGUGGAGUUCUGUGCUUUCGAGGACGGGUUUGUGUACCGAAAAAUUCUAAUCUGAGACAGUCAAUUAUGAGGGAAGCGCAUAGUAGCCCUUGUGCUAUGCAUCCCAAUGUGGAUCGAUUGACCAAAUCCGCCCAUUUUAUUCCGGUUCAGACGGAAUACUUAGUGCAAAAGUUAGCGAAGCUCUACAUUUCUGAGAUUGUAAGACUGCACGGGGUUCCAGUUUCAAUAAUCUCUGAUAGGGAUCAUCGCUUCACCUCUCGUUGGAAGGAUUUUCUGUCGUUAGUUGAGUUUGCUUACAAUAACAAUUUUUGGUAUAGCAUCCGGAUGGCACUUUACGAGGUUCUGUAUGGUCGUAAGUGUCCUACUCUACUGUGUUGGACUGAGUUGGGUGAAAAGCAGGCAGCUUCUGAUAGACAGAAGUCUUAUGCGGAUCUUAAAAGGAGGGAUAUCGAGUACUCUGUGGGCAAUUUUGUAUUCCUUAAGGUAUCUCCGUGGAAGAAAUUUUUACGGUUCGGUUAUAAGGGCAAGUUAAGCCCUAGGUUCAUUGGGCCGUAUCAAAUUCCAAAACUUUUGAGACUAGUUGCUUAUCAGUUAGAGCUACCUCUAGAGUUAAACCGUAUCCAUGAUGUGUUUCACGUCUCGAUGUUGAGGCGGUAUUGGUCUGAUCUUUCUCACAUUGUCUCUGUUAAGGAGAUCGAGGUUAAAUCAGACUUGACAUUUGAGGAGGAACCAAUUCAGAUUUUGGAUCGAGAUGUUAAAGUUCUGAGGAGAAAAUUCAUACCGUUGGUAAAGGUUCUGUAG